GUCCUGUAGAGCCUUAACUGCGGCCACCAUCCGCAUUCUUUAUAGAUUGUUGCGCUUGUAUACGAGCGGACCACAACGUUGUCAACGUCCCUCUGUACCUUCUCCUCAUCUCAUACGAUCAACAUGGCCUCUAACAACACAGACUGGCAGGGCCCUCCCCCUCCUUAUAUCAUCACGUUUGGUAGAGACUCUACCUGCACGCUGGACCUUUGUCCCCUUGAAUGGAGCGUUUACCGUUACCGCCCUAACCUAGCCGCCAACGUCAUCUUCGUGGUUGCAUUCGCCAUCAUCGGCAUUGUCCAUUGCUUCUUGGGAUUCCAUUGGAAGAGCCCGGGCUUCAUGACGGGGAUGCUGCUCGGCUGCAUCAGCUCCGUUAUUGGCUAUGUCGGGCGCAUCGUCUUGCGGACCGACCCGUUCGCCUUCGAAGUUUUCAUGAUCCAGAUCAUUUGUCUGACUAUAGCCCCCGUCUUUUUCACGGCCUCCAUCUACGUGACGCUGUCCAAGACCAUCGUCCUGCUCGCUCCGGAGCUAUCCCGCUUCAGGCCCCAGCUGCUGUACUGGAUCUUUAUACCUGCCGAUAUCAUGUGCCUCGCUCUGCAAGCUGCGGGUGGCGCCAUGUCCGUCUUGGCGGACAACAGCCAGGCCGGCGUUGACAUAUCCCUGGCUGGGCUGAUCCUUCAAGUCGUUGUCAUCAUCGCCUUUGUGGCGGCCUUCGCCGAUUACAUGCUCCGCUACUGGCGCUCCGGGAAGAUGCGCGCCUUCGGGUGGAGGCUAGGGGUAUUCUUCAUCGGACUCUCAGCUUCCAGCAUCUUCAUAUUGACUCGCUGCAUUUACCGCGUCUUUGAGCUGAAGGAUGGCUACGACGGUGAUCUCAUCACCCACGAGAUUCCCUUCAUCGUUCUGGAAGGUAUCAUCAUCGUGCUAGCCUCAAUCGCGCUUAUGUGGGGACAUCCUGAGCCUCUGCACCGUCUUGCCACUCUACCUUGGAAUACUGAUUUCCUUGUUUUCAACUCGUCGGACUGUGCGCACAAUGGCAUCCGAUCGGCUUUCGGGCAUCAGAAUGGCAGCAGGCAGGCUCCAAUGUGA